AUGUCUCAGAGCAACCGGGAGCUGGUGGUUGACUUUCUCACCUAUAAGCUUUCCCAGAAAGGAUACAGCUGGAGUCAGUUUAGUGAUGUGGAGGAGAACAGGACUGAGGCCUCAGAAGGGACUGAUUCAGAGAUGGAGACCCCCAGUGCCAUCAAUGGCAACCCCUCCUGGCAUCUGGCAGACAGCCCUGCAGUGAAUGGAGCUACUGGCCACAGCAGCAGCUUGGAUGCCCGGGAGGUAAUCCCCAUGGCAGCAGUGAAGCAAGCGCUGAGGGAGGCCGGCGAUGAGUUUGAACUGCGGUACCGGCGGGCAUUCAGCGACUUGACAUCCCAGCUCCACAUUACCCCAGAGACAGCAUAUCAGAGCUUUGAGCAGGUAGUGAAUGAACUCUUCCGGGAUGGGGUGAACUGGGGUCGCAUUGUGGCCUUUUUCUCCUUUGGUGGGGCACUGUGCGUGGAAAGCGUAGACAAGGAGAUGCAGGUAUUGGUGAGUCGGAUCACAAGUUGGAUGGCCACUUACCUGAAUGACCACCUAGAGCCUUGGAUCCAGGAGAACGGCGGCUGGGACACUUUCGUGGAACUCUACGGGAAUAAUGCAGCAGCCGAGAGCCGGAAGGGCCAAGAGCGCUUCAACCGCUGGUUCCUGACGGGCAUGACUGUGGCUGGUGUGGUUCUGCUGGGCUCGCUCUUUAGUCGGAAAUGACCAGACACUGACCACCCACUCACCCUUCCUCCCCCGACCCUGCACCUAACAUCCAGCCACCAUUGCCACCAGGAGAACCACUACAUGCAGCCCACGCCCAACCACCCACCACAGGGUUGGGCUAUACCUGGUCCCCCCCAACUAGUUUUCCAGAACCUGCCACUCUUCUGUGAGAGCCACCUAUCCCCACAUCUCAGUUCUCCUGGCCUCAAAACCCACAAAGUUUUUCCAACAUCUGCCCCACAGAAGCUGGCGGGUGUGGGGGAGUUUGUGGCUGGGGGCAGGAGGGCCUUGCCUGACUGGUGAGACCCUUACCCCUUAGCUUCUCUGAGAGUAUUUCCUGCCUGGGAGCUAGCAAGUUUUCUGCACCUCUUCCCCAGAAAGAGAGACUAGAUUGCCUUUGUUUUGAUGUUUGUGGCCUCAGAAUUGAUCAUUUCCCAUCCCAUUCUGGACCUGGGUUCCCCUUCCUUCCAUCCCCAUUUCCAAGAGCCACCUAGGGGCCACUUUUGACUAAUUAGGGAUUCAGGCUACUUGGGAUAAUGAGGCAAGGACCAGGACCCCCUCUCCACCUCUAGCCUGGCCAAAGCCAUCAAACCAUCCCAAGGACCCCCUCCUGGGGGAGGGAGGCCCUGGAACUGCAGGAAGCACCCCUUGCCAAAGCAAGGGGGGGCCUUGCAGUUUAUUACCACUCCCAGUCCCUUCCCCUCUCCUCACUCCCAUGACCAUAACUGAGGGACCAACUGGGCCCAAGACAGGUGCCCCAGAGCUGUUUAUGGCCUCAGCUGCCUCACUUCCUGCAAGGAGAUCAGCCUGUGGCAUCUUUGCCUUGGACCAGUGCCCAUGGGGCCCAAGGGUUCAGGGGCUUUGGCCCAGAGGUGAAGGGGAGGUGCAGAGAGCAGCUAGGGUCUUCCCUACCUCAGGCAGGAAGGGUAAGAAGGGGAGUUUGGUGCACAGGGUGAGGGUAGGGCUGGCUGGAGCUCACCAGUCCUGCCUGGCGGGUCAGAUUUGAGCCCCACCUGCAUUCAGCCUGGUCAGCCGUGCUGCCAAGGCCAGAGUGGCCCACUUCAGGCCUCCCUCUCUCCUCUGCUCCACCUAUGGCCUGUGUCAUCCCUGGGGGUCCUGGCCCAGCCCUGGCCUCCCCCAGCUCUCUGCUGUACAUAUUCAAGACUAGUUUUUAAUCCUUGUGAAGAUGAUAUACUAUUUUUGUUAAGCGUGUCUGUAAUUUAUGUGUGCGGAGCUGCUGGCUUGCUGUGCGCGUGCACGUGGAGAGCUGGUGCCCAGAGAUCGGACGGCCUGACGCUCCCUCCCCUGCCCUGGCCCAGGGAAGCCGGCUGGGGGUCCUGGCUCCUGAGGGCCACCUGUCCCUUCCCCCACCCUGCCCCACACUUGUUCCAGCUCCUUGAAAUAGUCUGUGUGAAGGUGAAAGUGCAGUUCAGUAAUAAACUGUGUUGACUCAGUGAA